GCAUUUCCAAUGGUUUGGACCAGCCUACAAGUCAAGUACACCCUUUUGCAGAGACUCUGCCUAUACUUUAUCAAACUUGGCCCAAUCCCGCAGCACAUUGGAUUUAUCAUGGAUGGAAACAGACGGUUUGCCGCUAGCAAUUGUCUGCAAACUGCAGAAGGGCACUCACGAGGCUUUUCCAAACUGUCUGAGACCAUUCAAUGGUGUAAAGAUCUCGGAGUGAAAGAAAUCACGGUAUACGCGUUUAGCGUGGAAAAUUUUAACCGAGAUCCAGAAGAAGUAUCUUUUUUAUUUACAUUAGCUACGGAAAAGUUAAACGAAUUGUUGAGCAAACUAGAAGAUUUAUGUUCCAGUGGGUUACGCAUACGUCUAAUUGGUAACCUAUCAAUGCUACCUUUGCGUAUCCAACGAUUGGGAUGUGAAUUAAUGCUGAAAACAAGACACAAUACUGCAGUCACUCUGAACGUGUGUAUGGCUUACGGCAGUCGAGACGAGUUAACCGAAUCCGUGGAACAUCUACGGGUAGCCGUUCGAGACGGACUUAUUCACCCGAGUGAUAUCGAUCCAGAUCUUUUGUCUGCAUGCCUUUACACACGUUCCUCGCUGCCCUUGGAUCUGUUGAUCCGCACUUCAGGAGAAGUACGUCUCAGCGAUUUCCUCGUCUGGCAGAGUGCCUAUUUUGGCUCUGUGCACAAGUUUGUAGAGAAUUAUUGGCCCGUGUUUUCUUUCUGGAACUUUCUCGCUGCCGUGUUCCACUAUCAAGUUUCAGUUACAUAUUUAUCGAAGUUCUCCCUAUUCGUUGUCGACCCGACGCCACAGCAGCGUGUGGCGAGUUCUUCCGCAACAAACAAGAAGCGUUCCUCACGGAUUCAAUCCUUCUUGGCUCACCUAGACCAGUCCUAUUGGGAAGACGUGGAAAAAAGAACAAUCCUCACUUUGAAUUCCCUUAAUUCGGAUCCUCGCUGCGCGCAACGUUCCGCGGGCGAUUCUCCACUGCCCUAAUCUGUGGCUAAGGUCCAUUCCGCAUCAGCGGGUGCGUAUUCACUGUGCGCAACGCUGUCAGCACCUCUGUACAGUUAUGUGUUCGUUCCCUCAUCCCAUAUGGUUCUUUCUUUUUCAGUUUCAGCGAAUCAAUGAUAUCUCCCUGUGAUCCGCCCACUGUUUGUUCGUUUGGAUUUGCUUCGUAUUUCCUUUCCCUUUUCCACUUUUCUGAUCCCCAAUUUCUAAUCUCUCACCUAGCAGUCACGUUGCAAGGAGAAUCACGCUCUUCCUUGUACUAUUUUCUACCGGUUGGUCUCCACUUGCGGUUUUAUUUUUCAGAUGUGAUAUGUUCAUUUCUCAUCCCCCAAUGAAAGCAUCUGUAUGAUCAUCAUUUGAUUGACUUUUCUGUGCUUCAACAAAGUGACUCAGUCCAUCCGAGUCGUUGGUUGUUU